AUGUCGGCUGCGCUUCGUUCAACCGCCAGAAUGGCUUCACGGCCGCAGCAACGCCUGGCCAGCAUCCAGAGACAGUUCAGCAGCUCUGCACGGCAAAGCAAGGAGAUUCGAGAUGCAUACAUCAUUAGUGCCAGUCGGACGCCAACUGCAGUGUUCAAUGGCAACUUCACAACCGUGUCCGCCACCCAACUGGGCGCCACAGCUAUCAAAUCCGCCCUCGAAAAGUCCAAGGUGCCCAUCUCCUCAAUAGACUCUGUCUACAUGGGCAACGUCCUCGCUGCCGGUGUUGGACAAGCCCCAGCACGACAAGCCGCCAUCUUCGCCGGCCUGCCCACCAACAUUGAAGCCACGACCAUUAACAAAGUCUGCGCCUCCGGACUCAAGGCCGUCAACCUGGCUGCUCAGACCAUCGAGCUGGGACAAGCAGAGGCAAUGGUCGCUGGUGGCAUGGAGAACAUGACCCGGGUGCCCUACUACCUCAACCGCGCGAGCCAACAGCCAGCCUUUGGCCACCAGAAGUUGCAGGACGGCCUUAUCGCAGACGGCCUGACCGACGUAUACAACCAGAUCCACAUGGGCAACUGCGCAGAAAAGACAGCCAAGGACCACGGCAUCACGCGCAAAGACCAAGACGACUACGCCAUUGAGACCUACCGCCGCGCCCAGCAGGCCUACAAGGACGGCCUGUUCAAGGACGAAAUCGUCCCCGUCACCGUCCAAUCGAAAAAGGGCGACACGAUCAUCUCAGAGGACGAACAGUACACCAAGCUCCGAAUCGACAAAAUCUCCACCCUCAAACCCUCGUUUGAAAAGGGCCCAGACGGCACGGUGACGGCGGCAAAUGCCUCCCCGCUCAGCGACGGCGCCUCAGCACUCGUCCUCGGCAGCAAGGAAAUCGCUCAAAAAUGCGCAAAGGACAGCCGCGUCCUCGCCAAAAUAAUCACCUACGCCGAUGCCGCUGUCGACCCCAUAGACUUCCCCAUCGCCCCAACAUCCUGCGUCCAAAAACUCCUCCACCAAUCCGCCCUCUCAACCUCCGACAUCGCAAUCUGGGAAUUCAACGAAGCCUUCGCCGCCGUCAUCAAAGCAAACGCCAAGCUCCUCCAUCUCGACGCCGCAAACGUGAACCCGCGCGGUGGCGCUAUUGCGCUUGGCCAUGCGCUUGGUAGCUCGGGUAGUCGGAUCCUUGUGACGCUGCUGCAUCAGCUGAAGGUUGGGGAGUUUGGGGUGGCGGCGAUAUGUAAUGGUGGUGGGGCGGCGACGGGGAUUUUGGUGCAGAGGGUUGGGGGGGUGUAG